AAUGAGGGUGGGCCAUAGUCUGAUUUUAGUUCUAGUUGUUUUCAGCUCCUAUGCAAAAUCCUUUAAUUAUACAAACUGUGACCAGGCGAAGCAACCAAAGUUUCUAAGCCCAUGUUGCGAUGUGCAAAAAAAUGACAAGGCUAUCAAAGCCUGUCGUAAAUCCUUGUUGUCUAGUAACUCAAGCAGUACAAGUAAUAAGGAGUCUCCCAAUCUUAAAUCGGAUAAGGUGUCCCUGCACGCAUGCAUUGCAGAGUGCUCCUUUAAGACCAACGGUUUUUUGCUGACCAAUGGAAGCAUCAACGAGGAGGUAUUACAGAAAAGUUACCAGCAACGCUACAAAAACGAUCCGAUAUUGUCACAACUGAUGGUGAAGAGCCUCAAAAACUGUUCGGAUUAUGCACUGAAGCGAGCUCAGCAAUCCCAGUGGAUGCAUACAAAGGGUGAAUGCAAUUACCAUCCUGCCAUCUUGCUGGCCUGUAUAAUGGAACAGGUGUACGUUAACUGUCCAGCUACCAAAUGGAAGAACACCAACGAUUGUACAGCGAUGCGGAAAUAUUUGAUUGCUUGUGACGACGUCGAAAGCAACAGGAAAUAAUACCAAUUUU